CUCUUCCCCUUCAGUGUGAAGUAUCUAUAUUUCUACGCAAAUAUCGUUGAAAAUGGCGCUAAAAGAUUACAAAUGGAUCAACGAACCCGAAAUUUGGAAAAUAAAAGACGACGCACUAUUGGUAGAAACAGGAAAAAACACAGACUUUUGGGCGGGAACCUGGUACAACUUCUACAGACACAGCGGUCACUUUUACGGCCGGGAACUCAAAGGCGACUUUACUUAUCAGGCAUGCAUUGAGGCGGGAUUUUCUGAAAAGUAUGAUCAAGCUGGCCUAAUGAUUUACCGCGAUGAGCGAAAUUGGUUAAAAGCAGGGAUUGAAUUUAACGAUGGACAACCCGCAAUCAGCAGUGUCCUCACAAAAGAUAAUAUGUCUGAUUGGGCUACAGGAAUCUUCCCCGGUUUUCCUGGCAAAUUCUGGCUGCGCAUUUCUAAAGUCGGCAACGUUAUAUGCGUCAAGUACUCCUGUGAUAAAUCAAGCUGGUAUUUGUUAAGGCUGUGCCAGCUGCCUGAAGCUGAAAGCUGUUUUGUGGGGCCGAUGUGCUGUACUCCCGAAAGAAGCGGGUUAGAAGUCAAGUUCAGCGAAAUAGAAGUAGGAAAACCAAUCGGUGACAUUCUUCACGGUGACUGAGUUGUUACUUUUAAAUUAAGUAUAAGGUGUAAUUGCCUAAAGUGAAGUAUAAAUAAUACACACAUU